ACAACAGUGUUUACUGUUUUCACCCCCCGCUUCUUGUCUUCUGACGUACUACACAAGGGACCGCCCCUCCCCUGUCUCUCAGUCACGCAGCAGCUACGUGUGAGUGUAAAAAAUAGAAACUUCCAAGAUGGCCGAGUCCGUAGGUUCCAUGCAUUUCUCAGCUAAUGGCAAAACAAAUCCCCCAAACCCCUUGGUACCCAAAAUACCGCCAGAGAGUCGACUACAGUCUACCAAUGAUGUCUACCCUCCACCGCCAAAGAAAGUCCGAAUCGAGGAGAAGAGUUUGAAACACAAUAAAUUGAACGGGGACUUAGUGUGUGCAGGGGAAAAACACAACGGGAAGCAGAGUUAUGGAAGCCCAGCGAAAUGGAGUUUCGGCCCGGCCAAGCCGAGCAACUCCACCGCGCCAGCUCUCACACGAAAGAUCUUCAAGAUCAGCAACUUUCUCGCCUCUCCUGCGAAAGUGAAGAAACCGAAUGAGAAACGCCACAAGGAAAAGGAGAAGAGCGCUAAAACGCAGAGUUCACUCAUGGAGAAAGUGAACCCUGGGAGUUGCCAUACAAAGACGGAGAACGGUGAUACAGCGUGUGACCACACUGGCAAAGAUGAGAGAGAGAAGAAAAAGGAGAGUGAUAAAGAGAGGGACAGGGAGAAGAAGAACCACCAAGUUAUGGUUGCGAAUGAGAGGGAGAAUGGAGAGGUGAAAUCUCCCCUGAACGAAUCAACAGAAAAGCCAAAAGUCAACUCGGAGGACGAGCUCCUCUUGAAAAAGCUAAAGAAAAAGAAGAAAAAGAAGCACAAAGACUGCGAGAGGGAAAGACGCAGCCGUCCCAAGAUGUACCACCGCUCCAGUCAGACGGUGUGUUCUGGUAUGUCUGUGGACCUGCCGGACCUGCUCAACACACCAGACAGGAGUAACUACAACACCAAUAACAGUUUCUUUCACACCUUCCCAAGUCCCCAUCAGGAUCCUUCCAGCACCACCACUACUACCUCCGUGUCCACCUCCACUACCUCCAUGGUCAGGGAGAGGUUGGGCUACGGCUCCCCCCUCCACAGUGCCCAGUCCCAGGGCAUGUCAGGGCUGGAGUUUGGCCGUCUGAUCCACGUGGAGCAGCAGGCCAACGGAGGAGCCUCGGUGGCCCACGCCUACUGCCAGCAGCUGGCUUGUCUCUCCCCGGCCGAGAUGCAGCGCUUCGCCCAGGAAUUUGUCACCCUGUCAUUCAGCGAGGACCAAGCUGAAGCGGCCCACUACGUCAUGGGCAUCAUCCAUGGAGCAGCCUCCUACCUACCAGACUUUCUGGACUACUUCUCCUACAAGUUCCCCAAUGCGCCGGUCAAGAUGGAGGUGCUCGGGAAGAAGGAUAUAGAGACCACCACCAUGGCCAACUUUCACACUCAGGUGAAGCGUACCUACUCCCAGGGGACGUACCGUGCUGGGGCCAUGCGGCAGGUCAGCCUGGUGGGGGCCGUAGACGAGGAGGUGGGAGACUACUUCCCCGAGUUCAUCAACAUGCUGGAGGAAUCUCCCUUCCUAGAGCGUACCCUGCCCUGGGGCACGUUCUCCAGCCUGCGCCUGCGGAGCCCCACAGAGAGUGACGACGGACCCAUCAUGUGGGUCAGACCAGGGGAACAGAUGAUCCCUGUGGCUGACAUUCCAAAGUCCCCCUUCAAGAGAAAGAGGUCGACCAAUGAGAUCAAGAACCUGCAGUACCUGCCACGGGCCAGCGAGCCCAGGGAGAUGCUAUUUGAGGACCGGACCAGAGCCCACGCCGACCACAUCGGACAGGGCUUCGAGAGACAGACCACCGCCGCCGUGGGGGUGCUCAAGGCCGUGCGCUGCGGAGAGGGUGAUGCUCCUGCCAGGGUAACCAAAGACGUGGUGUGUUUCCACGCUGGAGAUUUCCCAGAGGUGGUCCAGAGGCUCCAGCUAGACCUGUACGAACCACCCCUCUCACAGUGUGUGCAGUGGAUAGAUGAUGCCAAGCUGAACCAGCUAAGGAGAGAGGGCAUCCGCUACGCCCGUAUCCAACUCUACCACGACGACAUCUACUUCAUCCCCAGGGGAGUGGUGCACCAGUUCAAGACUGUGUCUGCUGUCUGCAGCCUGGCCUGGCACAUCCGCCUCAGACAAUACCACCUGGACCAAGAGAGGGAGGAAGAGAGCUGUACUUCUACAAGGGCAACAAGUCAAGUCAUAGAGGAGGAGGAGGAAGAAACAGAGGAGAGUGAGGAGGAGUGGGGGAAAGAGGAGGACACUCUUACACAGCCACGGACGCAGGUGAAGACUGAGGAAGAGGGAGGAGAACGAACACCCGUACUGGAGCCGCCACUAGUUUGCAAGGAGGAAGACGACACAGAGGAAGAGAAGGGAGGGGAGAGAGGAGGCUGUACACCUACACUGACAUCACCUUUGGUCAAGGAGGAGAGAGUGGAAGGAAACCCACUCACAGAGACACUACUGGAAGUCAAGGAGAGAAAGGAGGUUGACGAGCAUCACAAGAUCGAAAAGAUGGAGAGAAAAGGAGCAAGAGAUGUCAGCACAUCCACACAGAUGGCACCACAAGUGCAGAUGGAGGGAGAGAGAGAUGGAGAAGAUAUGGAACUCUCGAAGGCAUCACAGCAUGCUGGGAUAAAGAGAGAGGAGGAAGAAAGACACCACAGGACACCUCCACAAGUCCAGAAAGAAAGAGAGAGGGGAAAGGAUGGUAGCACAGCCACACAAACACCACCAGUCAAGAAAGGGAAGGGGAAAGAUUUGGAGAAAGAUGGAAAAGAGAGGGAGAAAGAGGAGAGGGUGAAAGAUAAGGAGAGGGUGAAAGAGAAGGAGAAAGUGGAGAGGAUGAAAGAGAAGGAGAAAGUGAAAGAGGAGCGGGAGAAAGAUAAGAAAGAGAGGGUUAAAGAUAAGGACAGAGAAAGGGAGAGAGGGAAAGAUGGAGAGAAGGUGAAGGGGAAAGAUGAGAGUGUGAUGGAAAGCACCACACAAACACAGACAUCUCCACCCAUUAGGAAAAAGGAGGAUGAGGAGAGGAAACACACACACCCAUCCCAACACGCCCAGAGGGAGGAGAAGGGAAUGAGAGAGGCAGACACAGCCUCAAAGACACAACCUCAAAUCAAAAAGGAGCGAGACCGGGACAGAGGUGGUAGUAGUACACAGACACAGUCUCACACACGGCUAGAGAGAGAGGAGGGCAGAGAGAGCAGCACACAUGGACAUAAACCCUCACAUGGAAAGAAGGAGAGAAAUGGUUACAGGGAGGGGAAAGAGGGUAACCCAUCCAUACACACUUCACACACCAAGCCAGGGAGAGAGGAGGAUGGAAAGGCUGUCACUUCUAGAAAUACACCGUCUCAUGUGAAGAAGGAGGGGAAGAGGGAUAGAGGGGUCAACCAUAAGGAGGAAAGGAAGAAACCGCCCCCUGCCCCUAGCUGCCCCCCCUCGGACCACAAACCCCCACGGACGCUUGUAACCUUUGACCUCUUUAAGCCUAUGGAGGCAUUUCAAGCCCCGCCCCUCUCCCUGACAGACAAGUCUCACCACCACAGCGACUGUCGAGGUGCUCUCUCCAAGUCCGAGAGCCGGACGCUAGCACCCUCUAAAGGACCAAAAGUAAAGGACACAACACAGACCAAACCUACAGUUCCUUUCCAGGACACACGGCCGCAGCACUCCCUAAAACACCCCAUGAAACCACACACCACACACGCACAGCAGAAAGCCUUUUUAUUAUGAAUGUGUAGUUUUCUCUCUCUUACUUAGUCUGCUCCCAGAUCUGUUGCUGCUUCAGCCAUACUAUCAUUGUCAUGUCAUAGUACAUAUACAGAGGAGUUGAAUUGGCUAAAGCACAUACAGAUCUGGGACCUAACCCUGUUUGAAAACUUUGGAAAUCCUUUUCUUUCCUCCAUUCCUUGAAGUAAUCACUGAUCUAACACAGUUGGGUAGGUAAACGCAAAUUUUCCACCACGUAGCUAAUACCAAUAGUCAUGCCAGCAUCAGAUCUGAGGACGGAUGCAUUUCAUAGCAUCCGAAGAGGGCUAAAGUAAGAAUUUACGCUAAGUAGCUCACUUUCCGUUUGUUAGUGAAUGUACGUAGUAGGUUCUUUAUAUGAAAACCGUUGUGACCUGUGCACUACUUAGCUACACUAUUCUCUUAAAGCACCUACUCUAGGUACUAUACAACUCAGUCCCAAAACAGCCCCUUGGUUCCUUUGUCUUCUCCUAGCCUUUCCUACUUUGAAGUUUGCAGAUCUGACAGGACCAGAUUGGUGUACUUUGGCAAUAUGGUUCCCCAUCUAGACAGAAUUUCCUUAGUCUACACUAGACUAUACAGAAGGGGGUAGUAGGGGAUAGGCGUCUAUUUUAAAUAGAGAACUAGUCUGCCUGUAUGCUAUGGGGAGCUUCUACCACGUUCCUUAUACCUAUCCAGGCACUUCAGUUCUGCCAACACAGAAGGGCUCAGAGCGAGGGGUUGUUUUUGGACCAGGCUUACAUGUAUGAUUCAAUACAGGGCUGUAAAUGAUACGUACCGAAUCUGUACAGUAUGGAUGUACUAGUACUGAUGUGAGAAAAUGUAUACAGAAAUGCAUAUAUUUUUUGUAAGACAAGUUUUAUUUUCCAUAGAACUUAUUUAUCAUUUUAUGUAUUUUUUUGUUCAGAUGUAUGUGAGAAACUCUUGUAAAUACCUUUUAUUCCUAAAAUUAAGACUUGGUAGUGUGAUUUAUACUUUGACCAGAACCUCUCAAUAAAAGGUUCCUAAUAUUA